AGCGUGUGUGUUUAAAUAAAGCUUUCACACUCAAAGUGCAGUGAAAACAUGGCGGCGCCCAUGACUUGGAAAAGAAUUGUGUUCUCUGCGUAUACUCCUGCUUUCUCUUGGGUUUUUACGAGGGUGACAGAUCGCUUUUUCAGGACACAUGAGCGGAGGAGAGGGUCCACUGUGCUGCUCUUGGCCCCUCUCCUGGCAGAGGCGGACUCAGCCCCCCUGGCCUCCUCCAGACCUCCAGGCUUCACUGGUGCCGAGGGCCUCCAUUCUCGGUUCCAGUGGAUUGCUAAUUAUGUACCUGCUUUCAGGAUCCCUGGGGGCCGCAUACGUAUCCUCCACUCACCUGAUGAGUUUUAUCAGACUAUGAAGGCUCGUAUCAAGACAGCCAAGAGUCGUGUGGUAAUGGCCUCGCUGUAUUUGGGCACAGGACCACUAGAGCAAGACCUCGUUGAUUGCAUGGAAGAGGCGUUAGAGCGCUCACAGGAAGAUCAUGUACCUGAUCUCAAAGUGUCUGUUUUGCUGGAUUAUACCAGAGGCUCAAGAGGUAAGCACAAUUCGCGCACAAUGUUACUGCCGCUGCUCCAGCGUUUUCCUGAGCAAAUGAGAGUGUCCCUGUACCACACACCUGACCUGCGGGGACUGCUGCGUCUUCUGGUUCCCGAACGCUUCAAUGAAACCAUCGGAGUGCAGCACAUCAAGGCAUACCUUUUCGACAACAGUCUCAUUAUUAGUGGGGCCAAUCUGAGCGACUCCUACUUCACCAAUCGUCAGGAUCGUUAUGUACUUCUGGAGGACUGCGAGGAAGUGGCUGAUUUCUUUGCUGAACUCGUGGGGGCCGUGGGCGACGUGUCACUGCAGCUCCAACCUGACGACAGUGUGAAUAUGAAGGAGGGAAAGGUGCAUCCCUACAAAGGUAGCAGAGCAGAGUUUUCUGCAUCGGCACAGAGCCGGAUCAUGGAGGUGGUGAACACGGCCCGUGUCCAGCAGAGCAUGCAGGAGGCGGAAUGCUCGGACGUCCUAGACUCGGACAGAACGGAGCCAAAUGACACUUGGAUCUUUCCACUCGUCCAAAUGAAGCCUCUAGGCAUUCACCUGGAUGAACAAGUAACCCAACGACUGCUCAUAGAGGCAGGUGGAGACUCAGUCGUCUACCUGACAUCGGGUUACUUCAACCUGACACGCACCUACAUGCAGCUGGUGCUGGGUGCAGCAGCAGACUACCGUAUCCUCAUGGCUUCCCCAGAGGUUAAUGGCUUUUUUGGAGCCAAAGGUGUAGCAGGAGCAAUUCCUGAGGCCUACGUUCACCUCGCCCGACAGUUUUACAAUAAGGUGUAUCAGCUGGGUCAGCAGAGUCGUGUCCACUUGCAUGAAUACCAUCGCCCCAACUGGACAUUUCAUGCUAAAGGCCUGUGGUACUAUGUGGAAGGAAGAGACCUCCCCUGCCUCACUCUCAUUGGCUCCCCAAAUUUCGGCUAUCGCUCCGUGCACAGAGAUCUGGAGGCUCAGAUUGCUAUAGUAACAGAGAACGAGGAACUCCAGAUGCAACUGCAACAGGAGCAGGAGAUGUUGUACCAGAGCUCUACACAGGUGUCAGACUCCACGUUUAAUCAGCCAGACCGCCACGUAAAGCUGUGGGUGCAACUGGUUACUCCACUCAUCAAGAACUUCUUCUAAAGUUCAACAGGCCUGAGGUGACGCAUAUCUCACCGUCUAUGACAGAUGUGGGACUCUGCGUGUGAUGAUAAAGAUGACAGUCCCAGCGAGCUCCAGUGACGAUGUUAGAAACCACUCUCUGCUGUUAUAUUCAAUAACAUUUCAUUCUGCUGCUUACAACCUCACCGCUAGGAGAGAAUACACCUGAAACCAGUAUACAGGAUUUGCUGCCAGUGUGAUAGACAUGUAUUUGUAAGAUCUUUGGCAGAUAGGAAGGUUUGGCCAUCAGUUUGAUAUGCAGUGCAUUUAUAUGUAUAUAUUUUAGUUAAUUUAACUUUUUUUUGUUAACAUUUCUAUUGUGUUUUGUCUCUUUAAUAAGAUGCUGUUCAACAAAAACCCUUUCCAUUUAUACUUGUUCAAAUCCUGAUGCAAACCUUUCUUUACACAGUACAGCUGGGAUGGAUUCGAGCACCGCUGUAUUUGAGUGUGCAUGAGUAAUGCAGUAUUAGUUGAACAUCAAUUUCAGCUUUGCAAACUGUUGGUUUUGUAAGAAAAACCGCAGUACUACUCUUUUCCUAAGAAUGUUUUGAUUUUGGUGCCAGUGUGCAUGGAGCAAGAGUGUUUGUUUAUUUAUAAAGUUCAUUAAUAUAUUGAGACCAGAUUUUUUUUUUUUCUCUUGAUUUGUAUUUAAUUGGAUUUAAAUGUCAUGAACUACAGUGUUUGGACGAGAAGAGACUUAAAUCGUCCCGUUUCCAACUCUUUCAGACAGAGAUCUUAAUCAGACGAGGCCUUAAAGCCAUGUCAUUUAACGCACAAGAACUUACAAAAUUGCCAAAAAAGUGUCAGUGACUUUUAAAAAUAAAAAGACAGCUUUAACAAU